GCCGUGUGCGGGACGGGGGAGAAGAGGUGGAGAACUGCGCGCGUCGCGCAGGCGCACCGUAGGCGGCUGCAAUGGCGCUGUCGUGUUCCCUGAAUAGGUAUCUGCUGCUCAUGGCGCAAGAGCAUCUGGAGUUCCGCCUACCGGAAAUAAAGUCUUUGCUUUCACUUUUUGGAGGUCAGUUCAUCAGUAGUCAGGAAACUUAUGGAAAGUCUCCUUUUUGGAUUCUUAGCAUUCCCUCUGAAGAUAUUGCCAGAAACUUAAUGAAACGAACAGUGUGUGCCAAGUCCAUAUUUGAACUAUGGGGUCAUGGAAAAUCUCCAGAGGAGCUGUAUAAUUCUCUCAAAAACUACCCUGUGGAGAAGAUGGUUCCAUUUCUGCAUUCAGAUUCUACAUAUAAAAUAAAGAUUCACACAUUUAAUAAAACAUUGACACAAGAAGAAAAAGUCAAACGAAUAGAUGCACUUGCGUUUCUGCCAUUUGAAGGGAAAGUGAAUUUAAAGAAGCCACAGCAUAUAUUCUCUAUUUUGGAGGAUUAUGGUUUGGACCCAAACUGCAUCCCUGAGAAUCCACAUAAUAUUUAUUUUGGUAGAUGGAUUGCAGAUGGACAGAGAGAGCUUAUUGAGUCUUACAGUGUCAAAAAGAGACACUUUAUUGGAAAUACAAGCAUGGAUGCUGGUUUAUCAUUUAUCAUGGCCAACCAUGGAAAAGUGAAAGAAAAUGAUAUAGUCUUUGAUCCAUUUGUUGGAACAGGUGGCCUUCUGAUAGCAUCUGCUCAUUUUGGUGCAUAUGUAUAUGGGACAGACAUAGACUACAAUACAGUUCAUGGCUUGGGAAAGGCUAGUAGGAAAAACCAGAAAUGGAGAGGACCAGAUGAAAACAUUAGGGCAAAUCUUCGUCAGUAUGGUUUAGAGAAGUAUUACCUUGAUGUCCUGGUUUCAGAUGCAUCUAAACCUUCCUGGAGGAAGGGCACAUAUUUUGAUGCAAUCAUCACUGAUCCUCCAUAUGGUAUCAGAGAAUCUACAAGAAGAACAGGUUCUCAGAAGGAAAUACCAAAGGGAAUGGAAAAAUGUCCAGAAAGCCAUGUUCCUGUUUCCUUAAGCUAUCAUCUGAGUGAUAUGUUUUUUGAUCUGUUAAACUUUGCAGCUGAGACCCUCGUGUUAGGUGGAAGACUAGUCUAUUGGUUACCAGUGUACACACCAGAAUACACUGAAGAGAUGGUACCCUGGCACCCUUGCCUGAAACUUAUUAGCAACUGUGAGCAGAAGCUUUCCAGUCACACAUCAAGGCGCUUGAUAACAAUGGAAAAGGUGAAGAAAUUUGAGAACCUGUUCCAAGGAUGAUGAUCUAUCAUUAAAUAUUUAAAACAUUAAGAAGAUUCAGAAAUUCUAAAAGAGGGGUUUCCAAGUUGUUUGACACAAUGACAACCUUCUGAAGUGACAAUUUUGGAUGGACAACAUUUAUUUGGAUAUACAGAAGUCCUCUUAAGUAACCUCCAUUUCAAACUCAGUUGAUUAACUAGUACUGGCCAUUUUUGUUCUAAAACACCAAUACUUAUGCCUGUAACAUGUCAGAUACUUCCAGCUGUUGACUUGCUUGAUCUCUACUAUGUGUGUACACUUCUGUACCUACCAGCUGAAUUGUCUGUUUGCCAUGAAUCAGUUGUGUUUGUUUUGUGAACUGUUUAAGUCAGUUAUAUUUGGUAUGGUAAUUAUGUAGUCUAACUAAAUGCUAGUUAGACCAGUGAAAUGUGACUGUAAGAAUAAAGUUGUCAUUUCUAGAAAAGCUAAGUGCAAUACUUGAGAAAGAUAGGAUAAAGUGAGUUGCGAAGAAAGACUCUUGGACUGGGAAUGGGUGAGAUGACUAAAAAGGGUUGGAAAAGUUAGCCCAUUCUAGGUUUCUCUACCCAGAUUGCUUUUAAGAGUCUUUAAGUUCUUGCAUCAUUUUACAGAAGCCAAAACUGAAAAUCUUUGUAUGUCCUGAUUCUAUAUCAAAAGAUUGAUAAAUGAAUAUUUGGUUUUUUAAGUUAAAAUUUCAGUAUAUUUACAAAACUUUUUCCUUUUUUCCUGCUUUUACUGACUUUUUCAAUUAACUGACUGUAGUAUUAGUCUGUUUAGGCUACCAUAGCAGAAUACCACAGACUGAGUGACUUAAAUAACAGAAGUUUAUUCUCUUAUCGUUGAGGAGGCUGGAAGCCCAAGGUCAAGGUGCCAACAGGUUUGGUUUCUGAUGAGACCUCUCUUGCUGGAUUGCAGAUAGCCACCUUCUUGCUAUGUCCUCUGUAUGCACAUACUCUUGGUUUCUCUCUCUGCUUACAGGGACAUCAGUCCUAUUAGAUUAGAGCCCCACCCUUAUGAUUUCAUUUAACUUUAAUCAUCUCCUUUAAGGCUCGGUCUCCAAGUACAGUCAUAUUGUGGGUUAGGGCUUCAGUAUAUGAAUUUUCGGGGGACACAAUUCAGUCCAUAUCACUAACAAUUACCAACAUGUAUCACAAUGAAUAAGAGGCCUCUGUUGCAUGUUAAAGUAUGCUUUUUUCAUGCUCUUCCAGUCAGUUACUUUUCAUGUAUGUGUUUGUCUUUUAGUAUUUUGAGGGAAGUAAGGCAUAUAAUAAUUUAAAUUAGUAACACUGCAGCUCUUAGAAAUCACAGCACUUAAUGUAAUUAUUUGAGUUAGUAAUAACAUUUAUGUGCCAGGCACAUGAGUAAUACAUGUAAAAAAUAGAAAUAGUACCUGUAGAUUUUAUAGUUGUAAGUCUUGAUAUUAGAAAGUAAAAUGAAUGACAUCAGUAUUCUUUAUUCUGUGGCCUCCAUAAGUAGUACUUGCACCAUAUGAUAGUUAUGAUGGCCUGAAACACUGUUCAGAAGAAAAUAUAGAGAAAGUACUCUAAUAAUGGGGACCACAUAAUAAACCAGUCAUUUCUAUCUUAGUGGCAAAAUUGAGACCUGUUGUCAUUUUGCAUUUGCUUUCCUUUAAGUUUAAUUUAUUUAAGAAAAUCUUUUUUUUCCAGUACUCUUUCCAGAUUUAUAAUAUUUCUGUAGGCAGUCUAUUUGAUACUUGGAAGACGUAGAGAAUGAUCUAAGCAUGUAAAUGCUGACUAAGGGCACUCACCUUAGAUGUUUUUAAACCUAGAAAGGCAGUGUUAAUUUUUGUUUGUUUUUAUUAUUUUACUUUUGUCCUUUCAAAUUGAUUUAAAAAACAAGGAAAAAGCCUAGUGCUCAAAUAAUUUUUUGAAACAGUCUUGACUUUAUAAGAUCAAAUUUAAUCAGUGAGUUUUAACUAGUAUGCAGUGUACUAUAACUGAAAGUACUUUGUCAUGUUAAUCAUGUUUGGUUUUGAAUUAAUCACUUCAUUUCUACCUUCUGUUUGUAUGGAGAGGACUGUAUAUAAUUGCAGCAAGAUUCUAGUCCUUUAUAAUUCAAGUGAUGACAUAAAAUUGUCAAACAAUUCUCAUACGCGUCUAACAAAUUAUCCUCAGCCUUGUUCAGCGUUGUUGACUUUGGCAGUGGAAGACUAUUAAUUGUAGAUUUUUACACUCUUGUGUACUGUCUUUCUGCAUUUUGGGUUUGUCACUUGUUAGGUUUAACUUCAGUAUAACUUUUGGCCCACUUGAUACAUUGUUAUAAAGUGUUCUCCCUCUCCCCUUUUAGAAUGUAAACUUAAGUUAUAAAUGAGAAAACUGUCUAAAGAAUGUAGGUGUAUUGUAAAAUUUUGUCUUUUCAUUAUUGCUAUAGUUUUUAGACUUGCUUGUCGAGCAUUAGUAGUAAAGAAGAAAAUUUUUGCUACCCAUAUUAAUGAAAAGACCUGAUAAGAGAAGCCAUUAGUCCCUGUUAAUACAGUCUGAAAGAGAAGGGAAUGAUUUAUGCUACUUAUUGUUUACAGAGCUUUCAUACCCAUCUGAUCAUGUUAUUUUGCUAAUUUUAGAGACUAGGAAGUAGCUGAGUUGAGACCAAAACUCUUCUUUGUACUUGAAAUUCUUUGAUCUUUUUUAUGCAUCAUAUUGCCUCUUUACCAAGACAGUUUCUGCUUUUGGAACAUGCCAGGGUUAAAAGGCAAAUAUUCUUUUUUUAAAAAUUUUUUUAUUGUUAUGUUAAUCACCAUACAUUACAUCAUUAGUUUUUGAUGUAGUGUUCCAUGAUUCAUUGUUUGUGCAUAACACCCAGUGCUCCAUGCAGAGCGUGCCCUCUUUAAUACCCAUCACCAGGCUAACCCAUCCUCCCACCCCCUAAAAGGCAAAUAUUCUUGAGUAGCAUAUUUCUAGUUUCUUUUUAAAGAUCGUUUUUCCUCAUUGUUCAUGGGGCCAUGGUAGAAUGUGAUUUAUUUUACUAGAAUUCAUUUUUCCUGUUGAUACAACAUGUGGUUGACGGUGCUAUAUAUAUAUUUGUGGUCACAGUGGUUACUUCUGUAAAACAUUUUUCUUAUAUAAAGUUCAUUGGAAAAAAAUGCCAAUUUCCAGAGUUGUCCAGAACAGACCAAAAUAUGAGUGUAAUAGUUACAUCUUCAGUGAAAAUUGCCUAAAACAGUACCUUGUCAACCUUUUCCAAUGGUAUACUUGGACAGAUGAAAGAGUAUCCAAAGUACUCAUUUUUGAAACUUCCUUAAAAUCUUUUUAAACAUUCAUGCAGCUUUUAAAGUCUAUUCUAUCGUAUGUUUAAGUGUAAAAAAAAAAAAGUAUCUUAAGUUGCUGUUGCACUAAAUGAGCCAUCAUGUGCCCUGUUUGUUUUGUGACUUGUUUACCUGACAUGCUGUGAUUUGAGAAGUACUGAAGUAUAGGUAAGUUGAAUUCUAGGUAUUAUAUGGACACUAAUUUAGACUAAAGUUAUAUUAUGUGAGCUAGUCAGUAUAGUUCGGAUGAUUUAAAAUAGGGAAUAUUGGGAGGUCAUAGUGGCAGGUGAUGAGAAUUAAUGUUAAUUUUUAAAAUUUUGGAUUGAAUAAAGAGUCCACUAACACGAAGCUGAUGAACAAUGCUUCAUUAAUCCGAAUGGCAGGUGUCCAAAACUGAGGGAUUUGACUCAUGGACCAGGAGAUUUUGAAGCUAUGGAGAGAGAAACAACCAUUAACAUUGUAACAUGUUCUAAAUGAUGAAGGGAGAGAAGAGACACCAAGGUCUUGUGUUUGAGAAAAUGACUUAAGGAUGACUUGAAGUAGAAGAAAUUAGUCUUUGUGAUAAGUAGAUUACAUGUUAGAAUGAUAGUAGUGUUGCUAGUCAUGAACUGGUGAUUUGCUGACAUAAUGCUUGUGCCUAUUUCAUUAUGCUUUAUCCGUUCUCAGGAUUAAUGCCAGGACAGUGGAUAUUUUCUUUUCGAUUAGAGCUAUGAAAGAUUAGAGAUUAGGUGUGAAGAUUUCAGUCAUACAACGUGCCCAGUGGGAAGGAGACGCUGCUUCAGUUAUCAGUGAGAAAAAUAAGACCAGGUGAUACAAAGUAAGAACAUGGUAAUUAGAUAUGAACUUGAAUGGAGGUCCUAAUACAGUAAAGUAUUCAUCACCAGCCAAAUGUCUAUGUAUGAGAGAGAGAAAGACUAAGAAGGACUCUUUUAAAAAAUUAUCUCGUAUAGUGAGUCAGAAGGAAACUAUUUAUAUUAUCUAUAAAUUAUGUUUUGACUUGAGAUCUUUGAAAAAGGCUUUUAAGAGUAGAUAGAGGGGCGCCUGGGUGGCUCAGUCGUUAAGCAUCUGCCUACGGCUCAGGUCAUGAUCCUAGGGUCCUGGGAUCGAGCCCCGCAUCGG